AUGGCGAUAUGUUCGCUAAUGUAUGAAAGAGCGCCCUCGAGUCCGACUUUCGCACCAUGCAGCGAACAGUUUCAGCCUCGAGGAAUCGAAAUUAACACAUCAGCCCUAGGAAGCACAGGCUUUUUCGGUUCAACAAGCUAUCGAGCUCCAAUGCAAGAUGAGAAUCAUUCUUACAUUUUUGUAAACACUCCCCGCAGUAUUGACGACGAAGGAGUAGCAACCCUUCAUUCCACAACGACUGUCGAACCCAGGCAACUGCAGUUGGGUGUGCAGGUUGCCAAUUUUGUGGCAGCUCACGCCGUCUUGAUCCGAAAACUAGUUGACCGAAUGUAUACUCUAGGUCGACUAGUCAUCAUCCCUCGGAUAAUUAUGCGACAAACACUGGACCAUCUAUGGGAUCUAUUCAAGGAAAACCCCAGCGAAGAGGACACCUCAUAUUCAAGAGCAGCUACGCGCAUGUUUAACAAUUCAUAUCGUCCUAUUUCGAUUACCCAAUCAACUACUCUGGAGGAAUUCUGCUUGCGUAUCACGGGUCCCAAUACCCGCUGGGAGACUAUCGGAAACGUGCUAGUUAUGGCUUGUCUAUCUCUGUGUCAUAUCUCGGAGUCAGAGAUUAUUUUCCUCGAUCCCAACAGUAACUGCCAGAAGUCGACGAUGUUAUCCCAAUUCCAAGAAAUGGCAGAGCAAGUAUUGGCCAUUUGUAAUGGGAUACCAUUAUGUAACGAGCUGGUAGUCUGUCUGAAAUAUAAUCAGAUGUUCCUUGCGUCUCAGAAAUGGGGGAAUUCCAGCCAUUGGCUCUACUCUGCCAUUGGGGAGCUAACCUCUAGUUUGUUUGCGACUGGGAUACACCAAGACACAGGCUGCGAAGACAAACGCCCGAAAUAUCUAAACAAGUGGCGCCUGAGAUGUUUUGCAAUGGUCUAUAUCAUGGACAAGCUCUUUGCCACAUUCCUUGGUAGACCACCGUUUCUGACUCGCCACUACUGCAAAUUGGACCCCCUAUUCAAAGUUAACAGCGUGAUGACAGUCCACAACUUCACACAGGGAUUCGACAUGCUGCAUCUGGAAGAGUCCGGAGAAAAUCAACUUGAAAUCCCCGGAUACCUCCACUUUCGAUUCCUGCUGUCCACUGUUCGCGAAGAGAUCCUCGAGCUUCACCUUGGUACAGGUUCCCAUAACGUCCCGGAAAAAACAAAACAAAUAAUAAGUACUCUCCAGUCAAUGUGGGAUUCCUGUCCCGCUCAAUUACGAUAUUCUCCAAAAAUGUGGACAGAGCUCGUCCCUUAUCAAAACGUCUGGGUUUUGUUCGCUCUCUAUCUGGAGCAACGUUAUUCGCUUUUCCUGGUUCAUCGACUCCGAGCGCAAAAGUCACCCUCCAACCCACGUGCCAAUCUACUUUCCGUAGCAAAAGACAUCUUAUCAACGAUUCUUGUGAUCAACAGGGAACGUGAGCGUCUACGAGCGAUUAGGAGUGACUUGAGCAGUGUGCUUCUUCCCUUCGGGCUGCCCACCGCCGAAGUACUAUUGGAAGACUUGCUUCACCAGUCUGCUUCAUCAUCUGUACCCUCAUUUGCGCGACCUUCCAGGGGCGAUACUAUCCGUGACCUCAUUGUCUUUGUCUCGUGCCUUGAAUGGGCUGCUGAACCGGGGUCGAAUCAUUUUGAACUGGGCCAGACUAUCAAGUCAAGGUUCACUCGUCUUCUCGAUCAUAUAAUUGACCCACCACGGAGUGCCCUUCACGCGUCUAAUGCCUUUGACGGUGUAGACCAGGCUCUAGAAGUCAGUGGAUAUCCAGGGCCGGGGCUAGAUACGAACCCCUUCGUCGACUGGGAUUUUGGGAGUAACCAGGACAUUCGAUAUAACCUAUGGAGUGGCUCAUUUUUCUGA